GUGCUCAAAAUGUCGCAUUCAAACAUUGAACAUGGAUUUACAACGGUGCGUAACGCUGCGUAAUGGCCCAGUAGAUGUCGCUAUUUCUCAGCACAAAGUUGCAUCCACGCUUCAACUUUGUGCCGAGUCACCGUCCAAACGCGCAGCCGCUUUCCUCCGCUCUCAGCCCGCGAUGGAAGAUCAGCCAAGUCCGUGCACCUCUGGAUCUAAUAAUGGGUCUCGGAGUAUCCAGAUUAUUCUCCAAAGUCCCACGGAGAGUCAAGAAAUUACGGUGAAAGAAGACAGCAACGUGAGACAGUUAAAAGCAGGUCUUGCAGAGGACAGAGGAGCCCAGGUCGAUGGAGUGAUGCUGAUUCACGCCGGGCGGGUCCUCGGAGACUCGGAGCUCCUCGGGUCGCUUCAGGGAAAGGACGGAGCGGUCAAACUCACCGUGAGCCAGAGGAGAUAUGCUGAGACUUCCUCUGUGUCCACUGAUGAAGACGUGUCCUCUCCAACUGCAGCUCUUCUAGACCCUGAGGGAGAAGCACAGACUCCCACCUCUCCUCUGUUUCUGGUGGAGGCUCUGGACUCUCUGGGCCUCUCUCACACUGGUCCAGGCCUGUUCCCUUUGCUCCAGGCUCAGAUGGAGAGGCAGCUGCUCUCCUCCCCAGAGACGAUGCACCGUGUCCUGGGCAGUGCCUUCGUCCAGGGCAGCCUCUCUGGAGCCGGUCCGGAGCUCGUCCACGCUCUGAUCCUGUCCAAUCCACAAACACAACAGCUCCUGCAGACAAGCCCUGAACUGGAGAAGGAGAUCAGCGACCCACAGGUCAUGGCACAGGUGCUUGAAUUGGUCAGAAACCCGGAAAUGAUAAAGAAAAUUCUGAAGAGUGAAGAGACGACUGAGGCUGGACCCUGCAGACAGAGACAGAGACCGCAGAGGGCAAAACCCACCAAACAACAUUUUAAUUUUCCUCCAAAAACCAGCUUCACCAAACCAGACAGAGGAGUCCAGCCCCCCGAGCCCUGCACAGAUGGACUCUCAAAGCUGACUACCACAUCUAAAGCCGAUAUCAGUGCAGGCCUGCAGUCCCUCCUGGAGCAGGUCUCCUCCUCUGGUCUGAUGGAGUCUCUUCUCUCUGGGCCUCAUGUGAAGAACCUGCUUCAGUGUCUCAGCCACAACCCAGAUCUGGCUGCACAGAUGCUGUUGAGUCACCCUCUGUUGUCAGAAAACCCACAUCUCCAGCAGCAGCUCAGACAGCAGCUCCCUGUGUUACUACAGCAGAUGCAGAGUCCUGAGCUGCUGUCGGCCAUGUUGAAUCCUAAAGCUGUGGAGGCCCUGGUUCAGAUCCAGCAGGGUCUGCAGACUCUGGCGUCUGAGGCUCCAGCCCUCAUCCCUGUGGCUGGAUUUGGAAAUAAUUCGACUUUUGAGCCUGAAUCCGUCUUCAACAACAAACCCAGAAACGGUCCUGCGGUUUCCACGGCAACAGAGCAUCAACAACAGUUUGUCCAACAGAUGCUGCAGGCGCUCGCUAACUCCGACCACAAGGAUUUGGACCAACUGAGCUCAUAGGUAUUUGAAGAACUGCAGAGCGCCCCCAAGAGGAAAAGUCAUGUAACUGCAUUAACAUGAACUUCUCUUUAGAUCCCUGACAUUUCCACAGGUGAUUCAGCUUUGACUUCACUCUUAAACUCUCAUAUUAUAGUAAUAAUAUCACAUGUGCUGGCUGAUGGUGUAGUGACCUGUAGUAGCUUAAUAAAGGGCCAAUAUUACUCUGUUUUUCUCACCUGUUAUAAUGUUUCCUCGUCAUAAACACACCUGGAGUUGUGUUUUGUUUCAUUCACACAUGUUUAACACACAAACCUGCAGAUUUAGACUGAAUUAGAACUGCACAGUCACUGGAGCACUUUAAAUCCUCACUCAAAACGCACCUUUUCACCUUUUGGCAUUUGUCCAGAGUUAGGAAGAGUUAGAAAGUUAUUAUUAUUGUUAUUUAUUUAUUAUUAAAACUCUGCUUGAUUUGCUUAUUGUGUGUUUUAUUCCACUGUAAAUGUUGUUCAGCACUUUGGUAAACUUUGACUGUUUUAAAUGUGCUUUAAUAAAUCAUAAAUUUGAUUUGAUUUGAAUUCUCUCAAACAGAAAACACUUCUUGUUCCACCUUGUGAUGUCAUGUGGUAAUACAAGAAGAGCUCCACUGUGUUUUUAAACUGCGUACACUUUCACUAGAAUCAUUUGGAUGAUUGCAGCCCUGGAAUUUCCAAUCUCUAAUGAACAAAGGUAGAAGUUAACUAUUGCUUCAUGACAUCACAACGUGGAGCAGAACAAUUUGAGCUCUGGAGAGACUAGAUCAGGCCUGUGGGCCAAAUGCGGCCCUCAGACAAAUUUUUCUUGGCCCUCAGGCUUCCAGAUGAAUUGGCCCAAAUUACCUUGCAUCAAUGUAAAAAAUUACUUUUUACUGAAAGUUUUUUGAAAAUCUACAUUGAUAAAGCUCAUUUUUAAUAUUUACUGUGUGGUUUUAAGGGUCUCAGCAUGAAUAAAGACUGAUGGCUCAUUCUAACGUGUUAAACAUGCACAUAUUUCAAUUACUCACUGUAUUCAGCACCAGUCUAUGGCCCUCGAUCGGCCCUCUGCUUCGUCAGUUUUUGGAUAUGUGGCCCUUGAUGAAUAAAGUUUGGACCCCCCUGGACUAGACAGACUAAUAACAAAGUGUUACUCAAACAGGUGUGAAUGAAACAAAACACAACUCCAGGUUUGUUUUUGAAGAGGUAACAACAUUCUUACAUGUCUUAAAUCUCAAAAGAGUCAUUUUUUGUAACAUUGCACCUUUAAUGUCCGUGUAAUCUGUAGAAGCACUGAUGCAAUAAAACACAGCAAUAUAAACCAAAGCUUAUGAAGCGACACACUACCUUACGGUUGGGAGUCCCACUCCCGACCAUGUGCAUUCUGCCUUUGUGCCCGUGGGCAAAGUGUACAAGCCUUUGUGUGUGUGGUGUGUGAAUGAUGACUGCUCUAGACGGACAGCCAUAUUUUAACAGUCUGUCCCAGGGCAGCUGUGACUACACCAAGUUUCCACCAGAGCAUGCAGUUAAGUGGAGCUUGUACAGUGCAAAAGUAAGAAAUUAUUAUUAUUAUUAUGAAUUCAGAGAUGUAAAUAGUUUCAUAAUCUCAUACUUCAGCUGCAGUAUGAAGAUACUUUAGACUCUGGCUGUAGAAAUACAAUAGUUAUAAAGCACAUAAGAAAAUCAAUAAUAAUACACUGUGUAUUUGUGUAUUGCCUUGUCAAAGCCUGAUCCUGUCAGAUCUCAGCAGGACUGGGCCUGGUUAGGACUUGGAUGGGAGACCGCUGGGAAUACAAGAUCCCAUUGUGAGGCGCAAGUGGCAAAAAGUAUUGUUGUGUCCUUAGGCAAGACACUUUAGCCACAUUACCUAGUAUGAAUGUGGUGAGUGUCGCGGGGCUGACCUCCACCAGCCUCACUUCCGUCAGUCUGUCACAGGGCAGUUGUGGUUACAGUCGUAAAAUUACCACCACAGAGUGAAUGAAUGACACUGUAAAGCUCUUUGUGUGUUUGUGUGUGGAAAGGCACUAAAUAAAUCCAAUGCAACAUCAGUAUUUGCACCAAUAACACAUGUUAAUACACAUGUCCAUAUCAAACAGAUGGAGCAAAUUAUUUUAAUAAACACACCAAACAAAGUGCA